AUGGUGACAGGUGCGCGCCAUAACGAGCAGCCUGGUGACCGAGAGCGCCUUGGAGAGAGCAUCCGUGACGGUACCCCCUCCCCGGCGGGUUCGGCUCCAGCCGCAGGACACCGACCAAAGGGACGAUCAGGAGCGGGAGCACACAUGAUAUAUAUCCACUUUUCAAAAUCCUCAUUGUGUGGCUGUGACCUGGCCCGUUCAGGCUUCUUCCAGAAGGGAAGAGAGUACAUCUGUACAGAGGACUACCAGCGCCUCUAUGGCACCAAGUGUGACAGCUGUGGAGACUUCAUCACAGGGGAGGUGGUCUCUGCGCUGGGGCGUACCUACCACCCCAAGUGUUUUGUCUGCAGCAUGUGCAGAAAGCCUUUCCCUAUCGGAGACAGGGUUACCUUCUGUGGGAAGAGGUGUGUCUGUCAGCAGUGCUCCCAUUCGCUAGUCAGCAACGCGCCGGUCAAGAUCCACGGACCCAGCCACUGUGCAGGCUGUAAGGAGGAGAUCAAACAUGGCCAGUCUCUCCUGGCCCUGGAGAAGCAGUGGCAUGUCAGCUGCUUCAAGUGUCAGACCUGUGGCACUGUGCUGACCGGAGAGUACAUCAGCAAGGAUGGUAUUCCAUACUGUGAGACUGACUACCACACCCAGUUUGGCAUCCAGUGUGUGACGUGUAACAGAUACAUCAGUGGCAGAGUGCUGGAGGCAGGGGGAAAGCACUACCACCCCACCUGUGCCCGUUGUGCCCGCUGUCUCAUGAUAUUUACAGAAGGAGAGGAGAUGUACCUGACAGGUUGCGAGGUGUGGCAUCCUGUGUGUAAACAAGCAGCUCGAUUGGAGAAGAAACUCAGAUUCAGACGUACCUCGGAGGCCUCCGUAUCUCCCCCUGGGUCCAGCAUCGGCUCCCCGAGCCGCAUCAUCUGUGCCAAAGUGGAAAACGAGGUCCUAAGUUACAAAGAUCUGGCCGCACUGCCUAAGAUUAACACUAUUUGUGACGUGCAGCGGCCCGAUCUCAUUCCCUGUGAGUCUUAUCACAGAUACUCCUCUGAUGACAGACUAGAACGCUACAGCUAUGGGGAGGUACUGAUACGCACUGAGAGUGGCAGGAGCUCUCUCUCUUACAGUCAGCUUGACACCAGGUCCAGCAUGUCCACCACCUACCAAGCCCCCAAGCAUUUCCAUGUGCCAGCUACUCGUGCCCGGAGGUUUUCCUCAGGUGGAGAGGAGGAUGGGUGGAAUCAAAGCCUUAACAGACUCCAAGGUGGUAUAGGCCGUAUGAUUCUGAAGGAGGAGAUGAAAGCCAGGUCUGGUUCCUAUGACAAUGACCCGUGGAGCAGCGCACGGAACUCCCGCACCAACUCCCAGGCCCUGCACAAUGUGGGCUACGGUAACACUGUCAACGGAUCUCCCACCAGAUCCCACUACAGUACAGACAGUGACUCCUUUAUCUCCAAGUCAGCCUCGUUGCCAGGCUAUGGCAGGAACGGACUGCACAGGCCCCAGAGUGCAGAUUAUUUCCAGUACGACAGCAGCAGUGCAGUUAACUGGGGAAUCCGAGAAUACAAAAUCUACCCAUAUGACGUGUUGGUGGUCACCAUAAGGAGGCAGAACCAGCCCCCCAAUGACGUGGACAGAGCCAGGCUAGAGCGCCACCUGUCUCCUGAGGACUUCUACCGGGUGUUUAGGAUGACUAUGUCUGAUUUUGACCGGCUGGCACUGUGGAAGAGAAACGAGCUCAAGAAACAAGUCAGGCUGUUCUGAAAGGAUCAGACUGUAGAAGCUCAGUAUAGCAGCCUGCUGGGCUUAACGUUAGAGGGGCCUGAGUCCUCACUGAGAGCCAUAAUAACCAGCCUGGGUAGUCCUCGAUCCAUCAGGUCACAGCAGAACCAGAACUAAAACCAGCUUGGGUUCUAGCCAUAGAAAUAGAAUGAGUUGUAAUGAUAAAGUUCUGUUGUUCCAGGACAUCCUCCGGGCCAGAGAAAUCCAGCCAGUCUAUACAUCAAUAAUAUAUCUCUGGAGAAAGAGGAGUAACAGGCUCCUCCCCCUGAGCCAUGUCUGUUUGUGGGAGAACUAGUCCUUCUGCCUGUGCUUUCAGUAUUAUGUGUUUGCUUUAUUAGGGGGAGUUUAACUAUAGUUCAUGGCUGUCAUGUUAUGAGGUUAUAGCAGAUUUGAACCCUUUUCAGGUCGCAGGUUUGGAGAGCUCUGAGACAUUAUCUUAUGAUCAAGCAGGAAAGAGAACACCAGCAAACUGUCCAAACAGAACGUUCUACCAGAUAAACUCUGUCCUUGCUUUCUUUACUCUAAAUAUAUUGUUUCAUUCAGACUUUUAUUUAUUUAUUUUUUACAUUGAGACUAAAAUGUUGUAUUUCUUAAUAGAGCAAGGGUCCACCACGGAGUGAAAGGCUAGAUCGAUGUAUUGCGGUAGUACAGUUUAAGAAAAUGUGUGGAUCAUUGUGUGUUUCCUGAAAAACCAAAGUAAUACAACUAUAUUAAGAACAAA